CAUCAACAAACCACAACAAUUCACGCGUCUUUCUGUUUCCGAUCCUCAGAUAUCACGCUGACUUGAUCCCGUCCAUGUCAAAUCCAAAGUCAUUCUCAGCUCAGGGGCGUGGUCUCAAGUUUGAGACGAAAGCCGACAUUGAACCAUACCUAAAACAAAUCAAAGAUAUCGACGGGAUCGAAGAAAUUCAUUUAGGCGGCAACACAUUCGGGACAGAACCGUGCAUUGCACUUGCGGAGACCCUCAAAGGGGUUAAUACGCUCAAAGUCGCUGAUCUUGCAGACAUAUUCACUGGGCGUCUCAUCUCCGAAAUACCACCUGCCCUCCAAGCGAUCUGUGAUGCCCUCACACCCAUGACGUCUUUGGUCGAGCUUGAUCUCAGCGACAAUGCGUUCGGCGGCCGAUCGGCUGAGCCAAUGGUCAAUUUCCUCACCAAUAAUCGCUCGUUCCAGAUCCUCAAAUUGAACAACAAUGGGCUUGGUGUAUGGGGUGGUACAACUGUAGCUAGCGCACUUCUGGAAUCUGCCAAGCUAUACCGGAAGGAGGGGAAGAUCUCGAACCUUCGUGUUGUUGUAUGUGGGCGUAAUCGUCUCGAGAACGGCUCAGCACCACAUUGGGCAGAGGCCUUCGCUGCUCAUGGGACACUAAAAGAAGUAAGGCUGCCUCAAAACGGUAUCCAAGUGGAGGGCAUAACGGCCAUUGCCCAAGGGUUGGCAAAGUGUCCCAAUUUAGAAAGUCUUGAUCUGCAAGACAACACUGCGAAGGAGAAUGGGACGCGUGCUGUCGCCGUAGCCCUUGCAAAAUGGCCAAAUCUCCGCUCGCUCAAUCUUUCGGAUUGUCUGCUUUCCACGCGGGGUUCUUAUGCACUAGCAUCAGCCUUGGGCAGGGGACAUACCCCUAAGCUCGAAACUUUGCGGUUACAGUACGGCGAGAUGAAUGCCACAGGAAUCAACGUUCUGGCACAAGCAAUUUCCGAUCACCUACCAAAUCUCGUUACACUAGAACUCAACGGAAACAAAGCGAACCCAGAGGAUGAGUGCUUCACGAACGUAAGGGAUGCGCUCGAAUGCCAUAACCAUGGUGAUGCAUUGGAUGAUUUGGACGACAUGGAGGACUCGGAUGAGGAAGAAGAAGAGGAGCAUCCAGCGGUGGCAGUGGCUGAGGAAUUGGAUGCGGCUGAGGCUGAGAAGGGGCAAGCUGCUGCAACGGAAGAUCCUGCAGAUGAGUUAGCAGCCAUCCUGAAUAGGGUUCAGUUGGGAUGAGGAUGAAAUGGCCGGCAUGGCGUAGAGUACACCGUAUAAUAGGAACAUAGGGUGACAAGAUUAUAGUUCAUAUUCUGCGGACAUCAAUGUGUGUGAUAAGCAAAAUCUCACAAACAGCUGCCACUGCAGUCACCAGUUUGCGGAGACAGCCUGCGUCACUUAUAAAUUCGCGGUUGUCGCCUUUUGGUGCCCAUCCGGUUGCACACAAGCGUAUGGAUACUGGGGAAAGGGGGCUUUUCUUUUUCUUUUUUUGUGGAACCACUGUAGCUUUCGCGGUGUGCAUGUGGUGACCUACACUGAGGUUUAU